GUUUACUAUUCAUAAACUACAGAGAAUACAAAGAAUCACAAAAAACCCCGUGCUUCCCAACCAACAAGAAAUUUCAAAGCAUCGGAAAGCAUCUCAUGUCGGACAACCCGCCAAAGAUCCCAAAGACCAUGCGAGCAUGGCAGUUCUCCUCGACACGUGGAGGGCUCGAAAAGAAUUUAAAACUGAAUGAUGCUGUCCCCGUACCUAACCAUGGAGGACAAAAAGUUCUCGUCAGAGUGCUAGCCGCCGGUAUCAACCCUGCGGACUACAAGGUUGCGGAGAUGCCCAUCGUUGGCCGUUUCAUAUUCCCCAAGAAUUCGACUCCAGGCAUGGAUUUUGCAGGUGUUGUGGCCGACCCCGGUGAUAGCAGCAGUGCUUUCAAGGAAGGUCAAAGAGUGUUUGGCCGUAUGCACGGAAUCAACGAAGGAGGAUCCCUGGCCGAGUAUGUGGCUGUGGACCGAACUGGAGUGGCGUUGAUUCCUGACGGUGUCAAGGCCGAACAGGCAGCUGGCGUGGGUACUGCCGGGCUGACUGCGUAUCAGACCAUUGUGCCAAAUGUCAAGCCUGGGACAGGGGCUCGUAUCUUCAUCAACGGUGGUAGUGGCGGAACCGGUGUCUGGUCUAUCCAGAUCGCAAAGGUCCUUGGCUGCCAUGUCGUCACGACCUGUUCUGGAGCCAAUGCACAAUUCUGCAAGAAUUUGGGUGCUGAUGAAGUCAUUGAUUACCGCACCACCGAUGUCGUCAAAUCUUUGAAAGCCAUGGCCGAUGAGUCUAAACAAGGCCACCAGUUUGACCUCGUUGUCGACAACGUUGGAACCCAGGGUCAGCUGUAUUGGCAGUCACAUCACUACCUGUCAAAGAUAGGUCGGUAUAUACAAAUUGGUGCCGAACCAUCAGUUUCUGCAACCUGGGGUCUCAUCAUGAAGUUGGUCUGGCCCAAGUUCUUGGGUGGAGGCAAACGAAAGUUCCAGUUCCUUUCCGUCACCACCCAGGCGGACCGACUCACCGAGAUGGGCAAUUGGUUGCAACAAGGCAAAGUCCAAACCCCGAUCCACAACAACGAAGUCGUGCCCUUUGAGGACGCGGUCAAAGCCUUUACCACUCUCAAGAGUCACAGGACUACUGGAAAGAUUGUCAUUCAAGUGAGCGAGGAAUCAUAAGUUGCAUUUCUGGGAGUCGUGGAUAUUAGCGAACAAGUUUCAAUUCGGUCAAAAGGUCUCAGAUGAUGUCGAGGCAUUUUCUAACCAUGCUUUUUGGGGUUUUAAGCUUGGGAGUGCAUCACCUGGCAUGGUGAAGAGCGUUUGCAUUGUUGCCGCUGUCUGAAAGUGUACAUUCCCACCAACAGUGAUCGUGUGCAAUCUAUGUGACCUGUCCCUUGAUUUUCAUGGGUGUUAAGAGUCAAGAGGUGCUGCAAUGAGGCUCUUGGGGUUUAUAACUCGCUAGAGUGCUUCUAAUUAGUCAAAUAUUCAUACUUGGGCGAGUUAGCAUAGGGACGAGGGGAACUCGCUGGUCACAUCUUAUGUGGGCUUAACUUCUUUCAUUUGUCGCUAGACAUUAAGCUGUGAUAAAGAACACGCUCGAGGCUUUCGAGUCUUUGGAGAAUGGACAGAAACAUCGAGAGUUCAAUCAGGUAUUUAGCUCUUGUCGGGGGAUAGAGACAUGUUAAGAAAAUACUACAACCC